AUGGGUAAAAAUUAAAAUGAAGAACAAACUUGUAAAAAGAAAAGAGAACUAAAGGCUGAAAGUAAAUCAAAAUCGAAUUCACCAGGUGAGUCAUCAGAAAAAUCUACUUAACCAAAAACACCUAAAUAAAAAAAAUCAAAAGCUAAGGCUACCACAAAGGAUAAGCCUAAAGUUGAAAAAUAAGAUAAUAUUGAUUUGAAAAUGAUGCUUGCCUAAGUUUAUGAUCCAGAUAAACUUCCAGAUCCAUCUGGUUAUUAUAUGUCUGAAAAAUUAGAUGGUGUGCGCUGCUAUUGGAAUGGGAAGUAGCUAUAUUCGAGGAAUGGAAAAGUAUUUUAUCCACCCAAGUAUUUUAUUGAGGCUUUGCCAAAGGAUUUUGAACUGGAUGGAGAACUUUGGACUAAGAGAGAUGAUUUCUAGAAAUGUGUUAGCAUUGUAAAGAGAUAAGAUCAAAACGAUGAGUGGAAAACUAUUAAGUAUAUGGUUUUUGAUACUCCUGGCAUGAAAAAUGAACCAUUUAAAGUGAGAUUAAAGAAGUUUAAGCAAGUUUGUGAAGAAUCAUAAAGCCCAUAUCUUGUUGCCCUUGAUCAUUAAAAGUGUAAAGGUCAUGAAUAAUUAAUGAUCGAGAUGGAUCGAAUUGUUGAUGAAGGUGGAGAAGGUGUAAUGUUGAGAGAUCCUGAAAGUAAAUAUGAAGCAAAGAGAAGUGAUAAAUUAUUAAAAGUAAAGAAAUUCGAUGAUGCUGAAGCAACUAUCAUAGCUCAUGAGAAGGGAGAGGGAAGAUUAGUUGGCUUAUUAGGGGCUAUUAGAGUAAGAGAUGAUGAAGGCAAGGAAUUCAAGAUUGGAUCAGGAUUUAAUGAUAAAUAAAGAGCUAAUCCUCCAAAGAUAGGCACCCGUGUGACAUUUAAAUAUAUGGGAAAAAGCAAAGGUGGUAUUCCUAGAUUUCCUAUUUAUUUGAGGGAGCAUCCAGGGAUGUGA